AUGAACAAGGGGAAGCGACCAGUACUCCGUGGAGUCAUCAAAGACACCGGCAUAUUGUGCUCUUGCACUUCAUGUAAAGGCCGAAAUGUCGUUUCACCUUUUUAUUUCGAGGUGCAUGCCGGGAGUCAUAAAAAGCGACCCUCCGAUUACAUUUUCCUGGAAAGUGGAAAUACUCUGCAUGAUGUAUUGAGGGCGUGCACGGAUGCUACCGUAGACACACUGGAAUCUGCAAUACUGGGAGCAAUAGGCCCUGUGCCUAAGAAGAGGACAGUGACGUGCCAGGACUGCAAAAGUUCGUUCAAAACUUCCCGCGCUGGAAAAUUUGCUUCCUUCUGCGAGAUAUGUCUGGAGUCUAAGGAAGUUCAGAGUACGGCAAGGCCGAGAGGACGGCCACCUAAGAAUCUCUCCCCAGGGACGAAAACCACAAGUGCAGCAAGCCCAACUUCAUCAUAUGGAGUGAAGACCACACGCACAGGAAGUCCAACUUCAUACGGCAGGGUGCCUAGGAAUUUCUACCCAGUAGCCAAGACAAUAAGUGCAGCAGCAAGCCCAACUUCAUCUGGCAGGGUGCCUAAGAAUUUCUCCCCAGGAUCGAAGCCUACAAGUGCAGGAAGAAUUACAAGAAAGGACCAUGGCUUGCACAAGUUGGUUUUCAUGAGUGGUGUUUUGGCAGAGGGCACAGACGUCGGCUAUUAUGUCCAGGGAAAGAGGUUGCUGGAUGGCCACAUAACGGAACAUGGAAUCUAUUGUUAUUGCUGCAACACAGUGGUUAGCCCUUCACAGUUUGAAGGCCACGCUGGCCGAGCUGCUCGGCGCAAACCUUACCACAACAUAUACAUUUCCAAUGGCGUUUCACUACACGAGCUGUCGGUUUCUCUUUCAAAAGGCCGAAAACCUUCAGAAAAGCAGAACGAUGACUUAUGCACCAUCUGUUCAGAUGGCGGGGAGCUUCUUCUUUGUGACUCCUGUCCGAGAGCUUUUCACAGAGAAUGUGUUGGCUUGUCUUCUGUACCGAAGGGAGCUUGGUGUUGCCGGUAUUGUGAAAAUAGGCAACAGAGAGAAGGUUAUUUGGCAUACAACAACAAUGCAAUAGCCGCUGGGAGGGUCGAUGGAGUUGAUUCCAUCGGACAAAUAUUUAUGCGGUCGAUCCGUAUUGCCACAGCACCUCAGGGUGCAUUUGGUGGAUGCGCAUUGUGCAAGCAACAUGAUUUUGGCAAAAGGAAAUUUAGCGAACGAACUGUGCUGCUCUGUGAUCAAUGUGGGAGGGAAUAUCACGUUGGAUGCCUGAAAGAACACAACAUGGCUGACUUGACGGCAUUGCCCGAGGGAGCAUGGUUUUGUUCCACUGUAUGUGUGGAGAUCUGCGAGGCACUGAAGGACCUAGUCAGUCGUGGAGCAGAACCUGUUCCUGCCGUGGAUGCUGAUCUCAUAAAGAAGAAGCGUGCGGAGAAAGGUUUGAACGACGAUGGCGACCUUGAUGUUAGAUGGAGGGUUUUGAGGGACAAAAGUUCAGAAGAUAGUAAAGUGGUGCUGUCCAAGGCGGUUGGUAUUUUCCAUGAAUCAUUUGAUCCUAUCAUCCAAGCUGGGACUGGGCGAGACCUGAUUCCAGCCAUGGUCUAUGGGAGGAGCGUAAGGGAUCAAGAUUACACAGGGAUGUACUGUGCGGUGUUAACUGUCGGCAAGACGGUGGUUUCUGCUGGACUCUUCCGUGUGAUGGGCAACGUAGCCGCGGAGCUCCCCUUGGUCGCGACGAGCAGGGAUAACCAAGGCUUGGGGUACUUCCAGGCGCUGUUUGCGUGCAUCGAGCGGGUGCUGUCGUCCCUGAAGGUGAAGCACUUUGUGCUGCCGGCGGCGGAGGAGGCGGUGUCGAUCUGGACGCAGCGGUUCGGGUUUGGCAAGAUAACCCAGGACAAGCUGCUGGAGCACCUCAAGGGCGGGCGGCCGACGGUGUUCCAUGGCACGUCGACCCUGCACAAGCCUAUCCCGGUGGCUGAGGCGGAGGCGGAGGCGGAUGCGCGGGUGCCUGAGGAGGAAGAAGCGCCGCCGGUGCCCGAGGAGGAGGAAGGAGAGCCGGUGCCCGAUGAGGAGGAAGGAGAGCCGGUGCCCGAGGAGGAGGAGGAGUGA